AUGAUACAUGUGGCAGAAUAGUCUUGGGGAGCAUUGCUAUAGCAACCGCAAACAGAAAAGCACUUCAGAGCAAUCUCAAAGAGGAAAUGUGACCUGGGCCAUUACACAUCUACAAGCCCUACAAGACAACCGGAUCACUUCUAAAGGUGAGCAGCAGAGGGCCGGUGACAGCAGCGAGCAUGUCGUGGUUCAGCUGGAACGAGCCGUACUAUCGGAGCCCAAGACGUGAGCCAUCUGAAGUGGUUACGGACACCCUGAUGCUGGAGCUGAGCUGGCAGAUGAAGGAGGCCGAGAGACAGCAGCGGGAGCGAGACAAUGAGUAUCGGAGGCUUAAGAGCGGCGUGGACUACAGCUGGCUCAUGAGCACCCCACGCAGCUCAUUUGACAUCAGCCAAGGAGAGAGACUCGGCCUUGAGGACCUGUGUAGCAAAGUGCCACCAUCAUACUGCGGAUCUGUAAUACAAAGGUUUCGGCAGGUGCUGAUGGAGAAUGAGCCUGAGGUGCAGGAGGUUUCCGGACUCUUCCGCUCUGUGCUUGUGGAAACACUCGAGCGUGUUCAUGAGGAGCAGGAGGAGCAGCGUCUGACCCACCAGUGGAACAACAGACCUGUAAGCCUGUCGCUGAUGAGCUUCAAGUCUCGCGUGCGGAUCAACCCUUUCGGCAGCACCUUGGGACUGAAAUCAAACAGUUACGGCUCGGAGGAAGAUGGAGUAGAUGUCAAGACUGUGUGUGGGGAUGUUGAGAAGGGUCUUGGUCAGACAACGGAGAAAGCGCAGCGCGUGUGGAGCAUGCCGGAGUUUCGGCACAAGGGAAUCAAUGGGAACGCUUGA